AUGAGAGCCACGGUAUGGGCUUCCCACUCGCGGGUGACAGAUAGCGUGCACUGCAGCGACGCUAGACCACAGAAGAAGAACGCUGAUGCACUGGGGGUCUUCGCGAGUGACCUGAAACCUUCCCUCACACUGAUGAAGGCGUUGGGUCUGCUGCCCAUAAAAGGCCUGCAAACAGCCAACCCUGUGUUCCGGCCAACUUCUGGUAUCUUCAUGUACUCGCUGGCGUGUUAUCUGGUGAUGUCUGGCUUGGCGACCUCUGUCGUGGGCUACGUGCUCAUAUACCUGAGGAAGCACCAAGAUAACUAUGAUGGCAGCGUCUUCAACACGAUCUUACUUGUCUCUCUUGUGCCAAGCUUCUUGUUACACCCAUUGUACUGGUUCGAGGCAAAAAAGGUCGUCGCACUUCUGAAGAAAUGGGUGGAAUUUCAGGAGAUGUUUUUAAAAACUACUGGGACAAAACUGAAUCUUGGCCUGCGGCGCCUGUCGAUGAUCUUCACAAUGGCGGUGCCUCUAGUCGUGGCCCUGAUAGUCACGGCGGAGCUGUUUAUAUUCAACUUACCGCUGCCGAGUCUCACUGUUGCGUAUACCAUCACGGUCAGCAUGCUGGGGGACCACGGCAUUCUGUGGGUGCUGCAGUGCGCCGCCAUCUGCCGGUCGUCGCAGUUGAUAAAGGAUUGUCUCAAGUUGACGCUGCGCCGGAAGAGCGGUGCGGUGAGCCUGCGUACGCUGGAGGCGCUGUGGUUGCGCCUGUCGCGGCUCUGCACGGCCACGGCGCAGGCACUCUCCGCCGCGCACCUCCUCGCCACGAUCAUCUGCUCCAUCGUCUUCCUCAUGAGCGCCUACGGAUUCCUCAUCACCUUCGACAAACCUGACCUGCGCCUCAUCGCCGGUGGUCUCGGCGCCUACGCCGUGUUCAAUGUCAUCUACCUGGCCACGAUCUACAAUACCGGCUACAGUGUUGUCGCAACGAUGAAUGACUUCUGUGACGAAGAAAUUGAUGAUUUGAUUGCUAGGGACGAAAACAUUCGUGAUGAGUUCGCGUCUACGAUGCUGACCUACAUUGUGGUGCUGGCACAGUUUAAAUUUGGUGGCGAUACACCUGUUCCAGAGGUCCAGUCGCCGGUCAGCACUCCCACGAUAGCCACGGAAGCAGCCCUACCUCCCUAG